AUGAUGGUGGCCGGCAAAAUGCUGUGCGCACACGCAACACUAUCAGAGAAUUUGUGUGUUACCGUCUGGCCAUUCGUUACAAAGGAACUAACGACCACAGGCAUCAAAAAUUCAGUCUGGUACACCGUGCGUGCUGGUUAUCUGUUUCAACAGUACGUCUGUGAACAAUACGUACGAAUGGAAACAAACAACAUACGGUUCAUUGAACGCAAUCAGGGAGCCCUGUUUGCCGAAGCGUAUCAGGGCCUGGUGGAUCACAUCAACCAGCAGUUGCACAUCGAAGAACCUGCCCCGGUUGGACGCAGAAUGAUUUUGCCGUCGACCUUCACUGGAGGUCCGAGUUACAUGAAACAGAGCUACCAGGAUGCAAUGACCAUAGUGCGCAAGUACGGCAAACCCGACCUGUUCAUUACCUUCACUUGCAAUCCUGGGUGGCCUGAGAUCGCCAGCAACAAAGGAAAUCAUGCAGUUGCAGGUGACAGACCCGAACUGGAGGCAAGAGUGUUUCACGCCAAACUCAAGCAGCUCAUGUCAGACAUAACUGAAAAUAGAGUGUUUGGUAACGUAGACGCAUAUGUUUACACUGUUGAGUUUCAAAAACGCGGUCUGCCACACGCACACAUACUCAUCAUCCUUAGCGAUGGCAACAAGCUGCUCACAGCCGAGGAUGUAGACGAUGUCGUGUGCGCUGAACUGCCAGACCCAGCAGACGAGAACAAUCAGAGACUGUUCACAGCUGUGACGAGUCACAUGAUACACGGACCAUGUGGGCAACUGAACCGCGACAGUCCGUGUAUGGCUGAAGGGAUAUGUCUAAAGAAAUAUCCAAAGGCAUAUAGUGCAGAGACAGUUUACGUUUCUGACGGCGGGUACCCAACGUACCGUCGACGAGACAACGGGAUCGAGGCCCUCGUGAGGGGACACCAGGUCAGCAACGAGUUUGUAGUUGCCUACAACCCGUACCUGCUGGCCAAGUACGAUGCACACAUCAACGUAGAGGUGUGUUCUACUGUGAAGAGCGUAAAGUAUUUAUACAAAUACGUCUUCAAAGGCCACGACAUGGCUACAGUAGAAGUCCAAGACAGAAAUGAAAUUAAAAAGUAA